CAGACACCAGUUGAUAAGCCAUUUUCAUUCGGGAACAUUGUCCGGGAUUUUAACACAGCCGGGACUUUCAGAAUCUUCUAAUCAUGUCGUCACAAACAGGCGAAGUGAAAAAGAAGCGAACGUUUCGCAAAUAUCUAUACCGUGGGAUCGAUCUCGAUCAGCUGCUCGAUCUAAGCAGCGAAGAGCUUAUGCAGAUCGUUCACUGCCGCGCUCGGAGGCGAUUCUCUCGCGGCCUGAAACGAAAACCAAUGGCGCUGAUCAAGCGGCUGCGCAAAGCGAAGAAAGAAGCUCCAGAGAAUGAAAAGCCAGACGCGGUGAAGACUCAUCUUAGGAAUAUGAUCGUCGUGCCUGAAAUGGUGGGCAGUGUAAUCGGUAUUUACAACGGCAAGGCGUUCAAUCAAGUGGAAAUCAAGCCUGAAAUGAUUGGUCAUUAUUUGGGCGAGUUCUCUAUUACCUACAAGCCUGUAAAGCAUGGCAGACCGGGAAUAGGAGCCACACACUCGUCUCGCUUCAUUCCCUUGAAGUGAACAGAAUGUAGUCGCUUGUGUCUUUACUGUUGAAUAAAGAAAAUAUAAUAAACGUCUGAAGGAA